AUGAAGUUGAAAAAUCUCUUGUGUUGUUUCAAAGGAAGCUCAAGCCAAGUGGUGCAAGAACCACCGGAACCACCUGAACCACCGGAACCAUCGGAUUCGGAUCCAUCGGAAGCAACGGAUUCAUCGGAAAGUAUCAACGGCGAGGACGACGAAGUAGAUGAGGAACACCCAUUUGGCAAUAACGAGUUCCUCAAUAACGCUUGGCGCCACAAUGUCGAACUCCCAGACGAUCGUUAUCCUCCAGGUUCGAGUCCACCUCUACUUUCCCAUUCUGGAGUUACGUUUCGAUGGCACGAGAUCCUGGACGGAACCCUAAACCUCCGGGACACUAACUUUCUCGGUCGAGGAAACUUCGGUCGAGUCUUUCGCUGCGACUUCCCGAGAAUCAAUAAGGUCGGAGCUGCAAAGAUUCAAGACAUACAGAACCCACAGGCUCAUCCUGAGUUCGUAGCAGAGAUCACAACGUUACACGCAGCUAAUCACCCAAAUGUGAUCAAACUUCUCGGCAAAUGUUUUGCUCCUGAACACCGUGUCAUCGUCUACGAAUUCAUGCCUAAAGGCUCUCUCGACCACCUCCUCUAUGCGCACAUGCCGGGUCCGGGUCUAGAACAGGAAUAUCAGGUUUUGAGUUGGGAGACGAGGAUGAAUAUUGCAGUGGGUGUAGCCGAAGCUCUGGUUUAUCUACACGAUGGGAUAAAGAUGAUUCAUCGAGAUAUCAAGGUCGGGAACAUCUUACUUGAUGAGGAUUUUGUGCCGAGGCUGACAGAUUUUGGACUGGCGACUAGAAUCCUUGUAGAUUCGAGAGGCGAUGAGCAGCAGAGGAAUAUCGAUCCGGUCAAGGGAACUCCGGGAUACAUCGCACCAGAGACAGAGCAGCACGCUUUGGUGUCGAGCAAGUCUGAUGUCUACAGCUAUGGAGUUUUCUUGUUUGCGCUUUUCACUGGAAGGAAAGCUUAUGAGUUUAACAGGGUCACACGGGUUGAGAAAAGACUCACUAAUUGGUUGAGACCAGUAUGGAGUAGAGAAGAGUAUAUGCCUCUGGUUAUUGAUGUUGCGCUUGGUAACGAUUUCUCAGUUGAAGGUUUGGCCAGAUUGUUUCAGGCUGCCAGGAUGUGUACCGAUCCACAUGUACAUCAACGUCCUGAUAUGCGUGUUGUGGAGUUGAUGGUUCGUGAAGCUGCAGCCCACGAGGUCCCAGAGAGGCCUCCGGUGACUAGGAGUCUUUCGAUUUAA